AUGCAGCAACAACAACGUCUAGCUCAUGUUCUUGAUAUCGUACGAGAUUUAAUAGCUUUAUCCAUAUUACUUGCAGCAGAAUCGAUAACAUUUAUUCUUGAUUUAGUUUGUUUAGCAUCAAGACGUGAUUAUUUGAAAAUGAAUGGUAUACCAUCGAUGGCAACAACUAAUCAACAACCAUUUAAUUCUAUUGAAAAAGACAAUACUACACAAAAAGGCACAUCAUUAAUACAAAAUGCAAAUAUUCGUACAUUAAUCAAUGAUCUAACUUAUAAUCUUGUUCGAAUUAAACAACCACCUAAACAUAUUAAUGAUUAUUUUGAUAAAAUUGAAAAACAAUUAUCAAAUUCUGAUUCUAAAGUUUCAUCUAUACCUCCUGUUAUUCAAUUAUCUCAACCAUCAUCAUUAACAGUAAUAACUAUUUCUGAACCAUAA